AUGGAAGCUCCUACCAGCUCAGUCGCCAAAUCAGCUCAACCUCAAAAAGCAUUCAAGAAUGCCGAAAAACCAAUGGAAGUCAGGCUGAGUAAUAUGACAGCAGCGAAAGCUAUUUCCGACGCCAUUCGAACUUCCUUGGGACCUCGUGGAAUGGACAAGAUGAUUCAGACAGCAGACGGAAAUGUGACGAUUUCUAAUGAUGGUGCUACUAUUUUGAAACACAUGAGUGUCAUGCAUCCUGCUGCUCGCAUGUUGGUCGAACUUUCAGCCGCUCAAGAUGUUUCAGCUGGUGACGGAACCACAAGUGUAGUAGUCUUAGCAGGCAGUUUACUCGGUGCUGCUGAAAAAUUACUAUCUAAAGGUAUUCAUCCUACCAUCAUUGCUGAAAGUUUUUCAAGAGCUGCCAUCAAAUGUGUAGAAUAUUUAGAAGAGAUGUCAACACCUGUCGAUCUGAACGAUCGAGAAUCGCUUUUACGUGCUGCAAGCACUUCUCUGAACUCUAAAAUCGUCUCUCAAUACUCUUCCAUCCUUGCCCCAAUCGCAGUAGAUGCAGUCAAACGGGUAGCUGACUUGGAAAACUCAAACGUCGACCUCAAGAAUAUCCGGAUAGUCAAAAAAGUUGGAGGUACGAUUGAGGAUACCAGUUUGGUUGAUGGUCUUGUACUUCGUCAAAAUGCUAUCACCAGUCAAGGUGGCCCCUCUCGCAAAGAAAAAGCGAAGAUUGGACUGAUUCAAUUUCAACUUAGUGCUCCUAAACCAGACAUGGACAACCAAAUCAAGGUUGACGAUUAUCGUCAAAUGGACAAGAUUCUCAAAGAAGAACGCAAGUACUUACUCGAGCUCACUAAAACCAUCGCCAAGACCGGCUGCAAUGUGCUGCUUAUUCAAAAAUCCAUUCUACGAGAUGCUGUAAACGAUAUGUCCCUCUUCUUCCUCUCGAAACUCAAGGUCAUGGUCAUCAAAGACGUAGAGAGGGAUGAGAUCGAUUUCAUCACCAAGACACUCGGAUGUAAACCUAUUGCUGAUAUCGAAGCUUUCACUGCCGAUAAACUCGGGGAGGCAGAUUUGGUGGAUGAGAUCAGUGAUAACGGAGCUAAGACGGUUCGGAUCUCGGGUAUCAAGAAUCAAGGCAAAACCGCCAAUGUCUUGUGCACAGGUGCUAAUGAGCUUGUUGUGGAUGAGAGCGAACGUAGUUUACAUGAUGCACUUUGCGUGAUCCGAUGCCUAGUGAAAAAACGGGCCCUUAUUGCCGGUGGUGGUGCACCUGAAAUUCACGUUUCACGUCUCUUGUCACAGCACGCCCAAACUUUGAAGGGUAUGGAAGCUUAUUGCUUUCAAGCCUAUGCUGAUGCACUCGAAGUGAUCCCAACCACUUUGGCGGAGAAUGCUGGAUUGGCUAAUCCGGUAGCGGUGAUCACUGAGUUGAGAAGUCGACAUGCAGCUGGUGAACGAAAUGCAGGAAUCAACGUUCGCAAAGGCUUAAUCACCAAUAUCUUGGAGGAAAAUGUCUUACAACCUUUACUUGUGUCGACAACUGCUCUGACCUUGGCUACUGAAACUGUUGGACUACUCUUACGGAUUGAUGAUUACCACCCAACAAGGUAAUCAAUAUACUUCAAAGACGAGGGAUAUUCUAAUUGCAUCUGAGUGGCCUGCUUAGUGUGUGGUAUGGAUGUCGAGUAACUAUUCUUAAAAGGUUUGAUGGAAUCAUCAUGUAACAUGUUUAGAUGACUUCCUUCAGAUGAAAAUAAUUUAGUCUAUACCUGUUUUU